AAUUCCCUCUAAAUUCCCUUCAAAUCCAGUACAAGUAAUCAAAAUGGAAGUGAACAAUUGCAUAAAACUCAUAAUUUUGCCAAUUAAUAUCGUGUGAUUGUAAAUAGAUGAUCCACUUGUUGCAUUUAGGUUAUGGUGUUUAUAAACAAAAGAUAUUUUGUGAAAAAUAGUGUUCUGUAUAAGGUGAAUGUACAUUAAUGUGAUAAACAGAGGUGUUCAUCCGGAAUACAGGAUUGUGCUGGAAUGGAGGCUCCAGGUUUGAGUCUCUUUCAGGGUUCCGACAGUAUACAUAUUAAGGCUGGGGGGCAGCGACAAGAGGAGGAGGAAGAGCAGGAAGAUCUCAGAAGACGUGGUGAGGAGCUCCAAGAUAUACUGACCAAUGCCUUCGAUGAGGAUUACGAGGAGGACGACGAUGCUAGCUCGAUUAACAGCAGUCACAAUUAUACGGAUGCAUCUCGAUGCCUAGACCACAGCGUAAUAGACAAGAGUUACAUGCAUGAGAGGGAGGAAAAAGGGUCAACGGUCUCACAAUAUCAGAAUGAUUUUGGUAUCUAUGGACAACGUGAUACGAGCUCCUUCCCCACAAGUGACACUGAUAAGGGGCCCACUGUCUCCGAUAUGCAGAGAGAAUUUGGUGUUUAUGGUCGACUAUCAACGCCUCGCAAUAAUAAUAUGGAUAAUAAAUCCUCAAACUCAAUUGCAGAGAGUCCUUAUGAGCUUCCUAGGCCUCCUAGUUUGACAAAUCCAGCCUCCUAUCCUCAUGAUCUCAGGGCGCAAAUCAAUGAUGGCUAUACAUUGCUGGAGAAUUAUCCCUAUAAUUAUCAAACACCCUCCAAUCAUUACGAUGGAGUCAAACAAAAUUAUCAGAAUAAUGGGUAUAUCGGUACCUAUGAGAAUAAUAUAGCUCAAAAAGAGUCUCGGAAUUACAGUGAUGGUGGUAAUGAUAACGAAUCUGAGCAUCACAAUCACUGUUAUAAAACCGGUCCCAAUGGUUGCGCUAUUAAUGACAGUAAUGCGUACAAAAUCGCUGAAUACAAUAGUAAGGAGCAGCUUGAGGUUUUGUACUCAGUGAGAAUGAAAGAGAUUCAACAACUGACUGAAGAGCUUCAGCAAUUACACGCAGAAAAGGAAGAGGAAAAGAAUCAACUGAUAAGAAAGUUGGCAUUGGCUCAAGCUGAAACUGAACGAUCAAACUUGUCGAGAAAUCAAGCACAAAAUUCGUUGGUUGAUGCCAAAGCUGAGAUCGUCGAGUUGCAGAGUCAAGUGGCUGCUUUCAAGGAAAAAAUUGCAGUGAUGGAGAAGACGAAUCAGAAUAUGUCUGAGGAUUUGUCGGUGGCAAAAAGCUCCGUAGUAGAGUUGCAGCAAAAGAUUAACGUUUUGGAGAGGGUACAGACACUUCAAGCUAAUGACAAGACGCAUGAGAAAUUUCUCAAACAAGCGCAAGAGAAACAUUGUGUGGAAAUGAGAAACAUGCAAACACAGAUCGAUCUGCUUACUGAUAAAUUGAAUGCCAAGGAGUCAUCCUACGUUGCGUUGGAACACAAAUUAGCUGAUGUACGAAGAGCUCACGAAACACUUGUGGUGGAGAAGGGUGAUAAUAUGAAUCGCUUGGCCGAGGCUCUUGAACUGAGCCAAACUCAAUGCAGAAAUCUCAUGGCUUCGAAUAACGUUCAGGAGAAUAUACAACUUCAGAGUAAAGUAAAAUUACUGUCGCAAGAAAAAGAGGAGUUGCAAACAAUGAUUCAGGAGUUGCAGCACAAAUUAGAAGUAGCUAAAGCCGAUGUUUACCACUAUGACUCAAUGUUAGCUGCCACAAUGGAAGAAGGAUCUGAUUCAAUUCGUCAACUGAAACUUGGUGAAUAUCACAACAAAUCUCGAGCAAACGAUGACAUAACGAAUAAAUUACAAAGUGAACUCCAGCGUUGCAUAGCCGGACAGGCGGUUAAACGAAAAGAAAUUACACGUCUUGAGAGUGGUUUAGCCCAGAAGGAAAAAGAGUUGGAGAAAGCCCAAACACUCGCCGAAACGUGUCAACAAGAGGCAGCACGUUAUGCGAAACGAGUCAAUGAGCUGGAACAGGAAUUAAAAUCAUUAUUAACAGAGCACACAGCCAAAGCAAACUCUCAAAUUAAUCGAUUAUCAGAACAUCUAACUGAAAUGAAAAAUAUGAAUGAGAGCCUCCGACGGGAAAAACAAAGUUUAGAAGAAAAAUUAGAGGAAACCUUAGCGCAUCAGGAGGAGACAUUGCAAAAGCUUCAUCAAGAUACUCUUCACCAACGUGAAAAGCAAAUGGUCGAAGAAUACAACAAGGAGUACUUAGAGAUUCAUGAUAAAGCUGUUGAAAGGGUUCGCCAAGAGGCCCAGGACGAAAUACUCCAAUUGACUGUUCAAUUAGAGCAAACUCAAAAAGAACUUAACCGAGUGAAAGAAAUGUACAUAGAUGUAUGUGGCACUAAAGAGAAAUUGAUCAACGAUCACCGGUGCGAAAUUCAAGAAUUAAAAGCAACGUAUGCCAAGUUUGACACGGAACAAUCGGAAUUGGAGAGAAUAAAGCGAGAAUUCGACACACAAACCAAAAUAACUUUACGGUUAACACAUGAAUGUGAAGCCCACAAAAACAAGAUAAUAGACUUAGAAAAAGAUUUGAGUAACGAGAAAAAAUAUCGCGUGGAAUAUCGCAAGAAGAUAGACGCCGAAAUAGAGAGAGCAAAGGACGAGGCCCUGGCGGAAUUGAGGAAUUCUCAUCCAGAUCACCAAAUAAGUGUUCUUUUCCCUGAUCACUGUAAAGAGCAUUCAGAGAAAAUUGCCGAGCUUGAGGAGGACUGCAAACGUCUGGAGUUGAAGUUGUCCAGCGCAAUUGAGGAGCAAAAAAAAAUUCUUGACCUUCAGAGUGAAUUAGACGACAAAAAAAUAAAAAUUGCACAAAUGGAAAUAGUUCAAGAGACUAUCAAACAGAAAUACGAAGCACUUAAAAACGAAAAACAAGAUUUAUUAAUAAAACUAUCGCAAUCCGAACAGGAAUUGUUAAACUCGCGGACCAAUAAGAUAGAUGAUUCUAAACCGCAGGAUUAUUCGUUGAAGAUUCAGGUAGAAAAUGAGGCGUUGAGUGAAAAAUGUGACAGUUUAUUGAGAGACAAAAUGGAGUACAAGAAACGAUUAUCUGAAAUGCAGAUACAGCUUAAUGAUAGCUUAAAGAAAAUGAUGCAAUUGGAGACCAAUAUCAGUCGAUCAGACGAUAGACUAUCAAAUACUCGAAAUGAUGUAGAGAAGGAAUUGAGUCAGUAUAAAGAUUUUGUUAAGCAAUUGACAGAACAAUUAAAUAAUAGCUGUGACGGUAGAAAGAAGGAAAUGUACCUGGAUGCAAAAGUAAAGCAACUGGAGCUGGAGCUUCAGGAAAAAGAUGCCCAAUUAGAGAGAUUGAAGGAUUUAGAUAAGAUUAAGGUUGAAAGAGAUCAACUUGUUACACAACUGAAAGUUCAGGAAAAGCAAUUCGAACAGUAUAUUAAGAAUCAAAGGCAAGAGGUAGCUGAAUUUAAUCUCUCUCGUCGAAAUGUGCAAGAUGGAGUCGAGCUUGAAAAGUUGCGAGAAAUGUCAAUUAAAGAGAAGGAGACAAAAGCUGAAGAGUUAAAAAUUAUUGAAGACCAGCAUCGGGAGAAACAGAAGCACAUUGAAGAGAAAUAUAAAUUAAUUUUAAUGGAAUUGAAUAAACGGUAUGAAGAGAAGGCAAAAGCAUUGGAGGCUGCGAAAGAGGCAAUAAUGGCUGAGAAGGUGAGGCUGCAUAAUUCUUUCAAAGAGCAGAAGCAAUUUGUUGAACAGAUGAUUGAGGCGAAACUCGAAGGAUAUAGGCAAGAGCUUGUAGCAAGGAAAUUGAAAAUCGAGGAAUUGCAAACGGAAUUGAGAAAAAAGGAGAUGGAUAUGGAAGAGGAAAAAAAUUACAUGGCUCAGAUGAUGUCUCAGUGGGCUGCUGAGAUGGAAGGGAUUAGGAAAAAGGAGAAGAACAUGCAGGAACAAAUUGAUAGGCUACAAGGGGUUGAGAAAAAUUUGAAGGAAGAAAUUAGUGGUUUACAGGCGAAGGAGAAGAAGCUUAAAGGAACCUUGGAAAUUCUGAGACAUAAGUACCAGAUUGCGAAAUCUACUGCUCAAAAUUACAGGGAAUAUGCGGCUAAAGAAAAAGAAUUUUAUUCUCUCGAAUGCAAACGCAUUGAUGAGGGAUACAAAGAGGCCAUAAGUCGAGUACAACAAAAUUAUUAUGAUAUUCUUGAGACACAGGAGAGAGAGGCGAAGAAGAAAAUUGAACAAGUAGAAAAAGAUUACGAAGGGCAAGUGCAGAAAUUGCGACAAAAAAGGAAGUACAAAGAAAAAUGUUGAAGUACGUAUUGACUAAUAUUUUCAUUCAUAUAUUUAAAAAAAAAAUCCACUUAGUUUGCAAUAUAGCUUUUAUAAGCUCAUUCAGAUAUGAAAUUAAUAGAGGCUGGUUUUAUUAUGUGGUAAUUUUAGCAAGAGGAAAUGCACUUUAUUGUACAACACAUUUUUAGUUUUAAAGUGACCAAUAAUGUUCAUGGAAAUAUUCGCGUCAUGUUGAGAAUUUUAUUAUUUUUAAUGUUAGUUUGAAUUUCCGAAUAAUUAAAUUCUAGAUAUCAGAGAAUAGUUUAUUAUCAUAAAACGUAGGAUUAAGAUGUCGAUUUGAGAUGAACUCACAGGACACACGUUUCACGUCAAGCCUUAAAUGAGUUGGACAUUUAAUUAGAUAAAUUCUUCGGUUAUGCGGUCGAAAAACAAUAAGUCUAUCUAAUUUUACAAUUAUAUAUUCUAUUGAUUAAUGUAUGUAGCACCCACAAUGCUUGCCAAAUUACUACCUUUCAUACACAGAAUUCCUUCAGUAUUGUUCUGAAAGGUCAAUAAUCUGAGAGCAGUGCCCAGGUUCUUUUCCUCGCUUUCGACAUUUAAUAAUGUUCAUAAUUAAACAGUACGAAUUUUCUUCAAAUAAGAACGAUAUGAUGAUCCAAGCUGACAUUCCUAAACGUAAUAAGUUCAAUAUAACUUCUUCAUUAAUUGUACAAGCAUCUAACAAUUGCUUAACACCAGCAUGAGAUAUCAAGAGACUUCACUUGUAAUUACGACAAUUAUUCAUAGAAAGACAGUAAUAAUGAUUUUUGUCCCGAAGACAUUCAGUACUAAAAUAAUUUCAUAAUAAAAUGGUCAUCAGAUUUUUAAUAUCAGUUGUACAGCAUGGAAUCAUCAGAUCAAUUCUUCAGUUUUUUUGUACAGGAUUGGAGUACAAUGUGCAAGUUUAAGCAGCCAUAUAUUAGAAAAUAUCAUAAUAUAUUAGAAGCAGGACUGAUAGAGUAUGAUAAUAACAGCAUAAGGCUUUUCUUUGUAGAGAACCAAAAGUUGAGGGAAAUUAUUAAAAGUAGUGAUGGUUCAAUUUAUUUAAAAAUUCAAUGAGGUAAGUUUUCUGUGUACUUUGAUACCUUCAGACAUAAUAAUUUUUUCAUUAAUCUUGUUUAUGUAAUUCAAGCUCUCUCAUAACUGUAUAAAAUAAUUGGUUCGUACAAUCUA